GUUUCCUCUCGUCGUCGGCGUAGCCAGCGAGCUCUCUAACAGACCGUAGCCUCCAGCUCCGGCUGCUGAUCUCCCGUCCCCACUAUCUCUCUACCUCUUCAUCGUAAUUUACCGGAGCGACCGCCUUCGCUAUGCUCUCGCGCGCCUUCCUUGCCGCCUUCCUGCCUCUGCUGGUCGUCGCCCAGGAUGGAUCCAUCAGCGGGCCCACCAGCAGUUCCCAAGCUGCUGGGUACUCCUGCGACACGUCCAAGUGCAAGCUACCAGACUGUAACUGUGCCAGCACCAGUCCGCCUGGCGGUUUGUCACCCUCCCAGGUCCCUCAGUUCGUCGUAUUCACUGCCGAUGAUGCGGUCCAGUCGUAUACUAUCGACGCGGUGAAUCAGUUCCUGGCCCACCGCAAGAACCCGAAUGGAUGCACACCCAAGAUGACCUACUUCACGUCGCUCAACUACACGAACUAUACCCUCGUCACGGAUUGGUUCGUCGCCGGGAACGAGAUAGCUGAUCAUACUAUGACACAUGUUGGAACGCCACCUUCGGACGAGAUCAACGGCAACCUGGUUGCGCUGAAUGCGCUUGCCGGUAUCCCUCUCAACUCGAUUCAGGGAUUCCGUGCUCCGUAUCUGAACUACUCGGUCGACACCCUCAAGCUCCUGGCUCAAGCGGAUUUUACCUACGAUUCAUCCGCGUCGGCAUCCAUACCGGUUACUGAUGACGGCACGGACGCUUUCUGGCCUUAUACGCUCGACUACGGCAUGGCGAACGAUUGCCUGAGCGUCGAUGGGAUCUGCAAAGGCGAGCCCAAGCUGCCUGGCUUCUGGGAAAUUCCUAUGUAUGCCUUCUUCGACAACCUUGGCGUUAAUGGCCCUCACUUGAUGGACCCUUGGCUGGACGCCGCCAACGGUGGUUCGAGCGUCAACGAUACCGCGACGUUCGAGUACAUGAAGAACACCUUCACCGCUCAUUACACUAGCAAUCGGCAGCCCAUCGGCCUUUACACGCACCCUAUCCAUGUUUCACUUUCUUACCCAGGCUCUACCGCAUCCAACUCGACUAUCAAGAUGAUCAACGCCUUCCUUGACUGGGCGCAGGAGCAGGACAACGUGUGGAUUGUGUCCAACGAGCAACUUCUGGCUUGGGUGAAGAACCCCGUACCCGUCGACCAGCUCGAUCAGGUUGACGCCCUCAAGUGCUCGACACCCGAUGUUGAUGCAUCGGAGAAGAUCUGCAACGGUAUCCCGCAGAACGAGGCCGGUCUACUGUCUCACUGCGCGUUCUCAGACUUCCCAUUCUACACCUGCUACGGUUGCCCGGAAGUUCCGCCUUCACCUUCAGACCCCAACCCCCCUCAGCAGGUUCCCGAUGGCGAACAAGCGCGCUUUAGACUCCCAUCAAACUGCUCCACGCCCUUCUGGGACCCGAUCGACGGCAAGUGCAUCUGCAACUCCUCGACGUGCUCCUUUACGGACGCCUCCCGUCCCAUCGGCCCCAACGGCGCUAACCUUACCGGUGGCGGAUCCGGUGGAACCUUUGGAAGUAGCGAAUCGGCGAGCGCUACGGCUACUUACGUCCCGUUUAACGGCAGUGGCGCAGUUCCUUCCAUGAGCCUUCCGACCGGCAUAUGGGCUGCGGCCCUUGUGGGCUUGAUCGGUGCCGUAUAUGGUGCUGUGGGCGUCAUGGUCUGACAUAAACCUGCGCAAACGCCCAGCAUGUUAUCUCUCAUUUAUCGGACCUUGGACUUGGAUAGGAAUCGCACUUUAGUUAAUUUUGCCUAGGCGUUCACUGUCCCUCACGCGCAAACCACUUUGCACCACUCCUCGCAUGAUCGUAGUACCUUACGCCGUGAUAAUAGCAGCAUAUCUUUCAUGU